AAAAAUACACAAGGAGAUGUAGGCAAAUAAAUAAUGAAGAUAAUAAUAAAUGAAAGGAAGGGAGGAAAAUGACCUGGACGGCCUCCCCUUCUGGCUUGUCGACGGCCGUCGGCUUCUUUGUCCUUCCGACCAACAGCGGGUCUCCCUAUAAUUGCCCGCCGGCAAUUCCGGCUUGGAGGCGUCGUUUUCUGGAUUUCAGAAAACGAGAUAGUGUCGACCUCCAAUCAGUGACGCUGGCAACUUCCGGCACUACCACUACCACUACCGCUAUUGCUGCUGCUGCAGGGGUUAGGGGUUCCUAUUAUACUAAUAUGUUCAAUGAACACAGCGGGAUUAGGGACUGUAGUGUUGGAAUUUUGAAUUUCAGCAGUAAUGGCAACAGUGAUAUAUCGAGGAGGAGGAGGAGGAGGGCCACAGAGUCGAACGUGGAAGUGGAAUCGGAAUCAUCAUCCACCACCAAUAUCGAUUGCGUGGGAACUGGCCUCAACGUCGAAUGCAUGGUCUCUUCUCCGUCGGAAAAUGAAGACGAAAGAAGCGAGGAUCCUGAAGAAAAGUUUUCGAGUUUAUCUUUGGGCAGUCUGUGGUGGGAAUGGGCGGUGCUGGUAUCGCCUUUCUUCUUCUGGGGAACGGCUAUGGUGGCCAUGAAGCAAGUGGUGCCUAGAGCCGGCCCCUUCUUUGUGGGCGCAUUCCGCCUAAUACCUGCCGGGUUCUUCUUGAUUGGAUAUGCUGCCUACCAAGGUAGGAAACUGCCUUCUGGCCUUAACGCUUGGCUUUCCAUCACUCUCUUCGCUCUCGUCGAUGCUGCUUGUUUUCAGGGGUUUCUUGCCGAAGGUUUACAGAGAACAUCUGCUGGUUUGGGCAGCGUGAUAAUUGAUUCACAACCUCUGACAGUGGCUAUACUUGCGGCCUUGUUCUUUGGUGAGGCGAUUGGUUUUGUUGGAGCUGCAGGGCUUGUUCUUGUUGUCAUUGGACUUUUACUUCUUGAGGUACCUGCACUUUCUUUGAAGGAGAAUAAUUUUUCACUGUGGGGAAGCGGGGAGUGGUGGAUGCUUCUUGCAGCUCAGAGCAUGGCCAUUGGGACAGUCAUGGUCCGCUGGGUUUCUAAGUACUCUGAUCCUGUUAUGGCAACUGGAUGGCACAUGGUUAUUGGUGGUUUACCUCUUGUGGCAGUCUCCUUAGUUAACCAUGAUCCUGCCCUUAGUGGGAGUUUUAAGGAGCUUACAGUGGGUGAUUUUUCAGCACUCCUUUAUACUUCCAUUCUUGGAAGUGCUGUCAGCUAUGGGGUAUUUUUCUACAAUGCAACUAGAGGUAGCCUCACAAAGCUCAGCUCUCUCACUUUUCUAACCCCAAUGUUUGCCUCAUUUUUUGGAUCGUAGAUUUCUUGAAGCGCAGAUGAAUUUCAUCUCAUCUUGAUAGGUCACCUAAAAAAGAGGAACAAAAUAAAGAACAUUCUAACUUCCUUUUCAUCUUGAGCACAGGUUUCUAUAUCUUGGUGAGACCUUCUCCCCCUUGCAAUUAGUUGGAGCCUUUGUCACAGUGGUUGCGAUCUACAUGGUUAAUUAUGAGAAUAGUCCGGAAUGAAGAAUUUCUGAUUCUUGAUGAAAUUGCAUACUUAAUGUGGGUUUAUCUAGAGCUAAAGAACAUAAUGUUUUGCAGAAGUGCAUGCUUAAGGUGGCUUCUAGUCCUAACCUUUCAGGCUCCAGUUCUCGACCUUAGAUGAUGGAAGCACGCAUCCGUUGGAGGGAACAAAAAUUUGGCGUUGUUGGAGGGUAACUGCCCAAGUUAUUAGUAGUUUUAAUUGGUUUGAGAAAAAAAAACGAGAGUGAUACCCUCUUCCCUAUGCCAGGACACAUAGCAGCAGGCAUACUUGGUGUACAUAAACAUGUGAAGUUCUGGAUUACUAAGAGAAAACAAGAGUUACUGACAUUGUAUAUGUGAUUUAUGAUUCCACAAUUACUUUUCAAUUUGUAUGUAUGAAUCUGUUUGUUGAAA